AUGCUCAUAGCUGCAAAGUCCAAGUCUGAUAUUCUGAAAUUGAAGAAUCUUCUCAGUGCUGAGUUUGAUAUGAAGAUUUAUAUGGACAGAGGUAAGAAUAAGCUUUUCUUGUCCCAAAAAGGAUAUAUUCAGAAAAUAUUGUCCAGGUUUGGUAUGUCAUCAGCUAAGCCUAUAGAUACUCCUAGUGCGAUAAAUGUUCGUUUGUCAUCUGAGUUUUCACCACAGUCUGAAGCUGAGAAGGAGUACAUGUCUCGAGUUCCUUAUGCUAGUGCAGUGGGAAGUUUGAUGUAUGCUAUGGUCUAUACUAGGCCUGAUCUUGCCCAUGUUAGUGUUGUUAGCAGAUUCAUGGGUCAACCUGGGAAGGAGCAUUGGCAAGCCGUUAAAAGGAUUUUUUGUUACCUUAGAGGUACAUUUGAUGUUGGUCUUAUUUAUGGGAAUUGCACAGAGUGUUUGGUGACUGGUUAUUCUUAUUCUAACUAUGUUGGAGAUGUUGACAGUAGGAGGUCUAUGACUGGCUAUGUGUUCACUCUGGGUGGUUUUGUUGUUAGUUUGAAGGCAACCUUACAGCCUACAGUUACUUUGUCUAUUACUGAAGCAGAGUACGUAGCCUUGACAGAAGCUACUAAAGAGGGAAUAUGGCUGAGGGGGUUAGUUGGUGAUCUUGCUGAAGAGAAAAUUGAGAGAAGUAGCCGACUUGGACUUGAAGACAGAUCUGUAGCCGUCUGA